GAACGAUUAGAAUGUGUCGAAUGUAUAAUGCCAGUCAUGGUGUGCAGAAAGAAGUACUGUGUGGUUGAAUAAAGUUAUUAGUGGAUAUAUAUAAUAUGGCCUAACCUGGACAGUGCCAAUUAUAUACAUUUAUCGUGUAAAGUUAGGCACUUUAUAUUGAUAUAUAAACCCAAGUGAUGAACACAAAACGUGUGGAUGAAACAAAGGGAUGUCAUACAAACCAUAUCAGAUGAAUAAGAGCGAGGUUUCACUGUUGGAACAUGUGAAUGCAGUAAUUAACUUGCUGAACAGUUUCGUGGUAAAAGAUAACAUCUCCAAAGAUGUCCUUCGACGAUUGGAUUACUUAUACAGCAGGCUGGGUGACUUCCUUGUUCAAGAAUUAUGUAAUAAUAAUGAAUCAAACGAUUCACAUUCAUGGCAGCAAGCAGGGGCAGAAUUACCGAUUUCAAAAUGUGAAGAAUUGGCAGCAUCCUUACCAAGCAACCUGCCUGAAGAUACACCAGGUAUGGAGAUUUUCAGGGAUGUGCAGUAUGUGUGUUGUCUGUGCAAAGACUGUAUCGACAUACAUGACUUUGACUACAAACUGUCUGUGGAUUUGCAUAAUCAAACUGGUGUACACCAACAAGUGCUCAAACUGCAGAAAAUGAAAGCAGCACAGACAGCGAUGCUGGAAACUGUGAGACCCACAGAGAUAAAUUGGAAACACAUGUCACCAACCACUGCAAGAAGUUCCAUUGUGGUCUGUACAUGUCAAGAGAAUGCAGACAAACAUGUAACAGGGAAUUCCAAUGAGAGAGGGCUAACUGAGCACAGAGAGGCUGAGUGUGAAAUGGUGGUUACUGGUAAUGGAGUGUUCUAUUGUCAUGUGUGCAGUGUGCCUGUAGGAAGCAGCAGCAAUGCAAUUCAGCACAAACGGGGCAAACCCCACCAGCAGAAACUGUUAGCAAGGCAGCUUACACUAUCAGCAGAAGACAAGCUCUGGUCAAAGAUUAGUGAAAGAUGGAAAGGUCACCGGAAAUACUUUGAGAGUCUUGGGGAUGCUGUUAUGAAGUGUAAAGUAUGCAUGGUCACUGUUCCCAAGACUGAAGUCAACGUGUUGAGCCACAUUCAUGGCAAGAAGCAUUUACAAAUUUUGUCAGACAGUAUGUGAGGAUUGUAGGGGUGUGAAUCCUGGAAUGUGGUCGAAAAAAAAAUGCAUUUCUUUUUUCUCAGCUUUCCAUUUGCCCAUGGAGGAAUUGCCUCAGUUCUUCUGGGUUUUCAAACAUGUGCUUGGAUGUGAACAUGUUCAACAGAUUGUUAGGGAAUGGAAUUACACACAACACACCCCAAACAGCAAUGCUACUGACAUAGUGCAGAAUAGUCCACAUUAUGGGAAAACUUAAAUGUGGAAAAUAUCUAGAGAACUUCUGUGUUUUAUGCAUGACAACAGCUCAGUUUCACAUCCAGGGAUCUGUUCCCAGGUUUCCCAUUGUACUUAAACAGUUGAAACCAAUCAUAUGCACCACCCUGUCAUCUGAGAAUUGUGUGACUUGUUGCAUCUUGACAUACAUACCCAUUGCAGUGCCUUAUGAAAUAACAUUCCAUAUUUCUAUAUUAUAUUACACAAGUGUCUCACCUUUCUGUAAUAUUGUAUGCUACGCACCCUUACCAAGUUUUCAUAGCAUGUAAGAUUGUGUAAUAGUUUUAUGUAAAUGAUGAUUAUUAUGAGUUAAAAUGACAGAAAAUAAAUGGCCUUAAAUAUUUUCUCAUCUA